AUGAAGAAUGUUGAGGCAAAUCUGCCAGAACCAUGGCUUGCACUGACGAGAGAACAGCCGCUGCGACAGGUCUAUCCUGACCCUGAGACACGACCAGGAGCUGCCUCCACCAGGGUUGACAUUGUCGCUGUUCAUGGGUUGAACCCUCGAAGCAGGGACGAUACCGAGCACGCGUGGAACACAUGGCGGAACCGGGCCAGUGGGAGACUGUGGCUCCGUGAUGACCUCCCACAAUCCACCCCCGACGCCCGCAUCUUCAUCUAUGAGUACAACGCGACGGCAGUCUAUGGCAAGGACAAGAGCACCUUCGUUGACAAGUCGAAUGAGCUGCUAGAAGCGGUCAGGGCAGAGCGAGAUGACGAGGAAAGGCCGAUCCUGUUCUUGGCCCACAGCAUGGGCGGACUUCUCGUCAAGCAGGCUCUCAUCAACGCUGGCAUGAAUCCCAAGUACAGCAUGAUCAAGGACAUGACCAAAGGGAUCGCCUUCUUCGCUACACCGCACCACGGCGGGGACAUGACGCUGGUUGGCCUGGGCUCCGUCGCAACCAAGAUUGCACGAACGGCAGGCCUCCAGCAAGGCGAUGAUGUGCUAGAAACCUUGAAGAGUGGCAGUAUAUUCUCCGAUGUUAUGCAUGAACACUGGAGGCAUCAGAUGGCCGAGUACAAUAUCAUCUCGUUCUGGGGAGCAUUAGAUACCGUCGUUCCGGGAGAAAGCGCCAAACUAGGCAUGUCAGGCGACAGAGAGCACAUUGUCAAGCUCAACGCUGAUCAUAAGGGUGUAUGCAAGUUUGGUAGAAGCCAGGUGGAUGAGGAUAACUUGGGGAUUGUGCGCCGUAACGUUCAGGACAUUUACAAUGCCGCAUUGCAAGAAGGCGAGCAAGCCCCCUCCAUCUCCCUUGGAUUGGGUGACAGGUUGAUUGCCACUGUUCCUACACUAACAGUCCAUGAAGUAGGCAUAGGGAAUCAGGUUACCUGUCACGCAGGUACUUGGCAUGGUGUUACCACUCCGACUGAGAUGAACUCAUUGAACCUUUCAAUGUCAAUAAACGGGCUACGAGCAGCGACAGAGCAUCUGUGCUCGCUAAUUCAGACCUUCUCGGCGUCCUGGAACUCGACUAAUCGUUUGAGAGAUUGUCGACUAGAGAUAACACUAGUGGGGAUUGGAUUGCGAUCCUUUGAGCGAUACCUCCAGCGACUUGAUACAGUCGACCCUCAGCGUAAAAAGCUCAUUCAAGUUGAUGACCUCGUUAUCACACUCUCCGAUGCGAUCAUGGUAUUUUCAGAAUUCGAAGAACUCCUCCAGCGACUUAAGACGAUGAAAAAUGCUGGUGUAAGGAUAACAUGGGCUCACUACUCUAAAAUCUUCCAACAGCAUUUUGAAAGAAUCCAGCGGCUCAAGGAAUCACUUAAACUGAUGCUUACUAUAGUCGAAUGUGACACGAAUAUCGAAGCACAUGAGAACAGGCAGAGGCUUCAAGAGUUGGUCGAGACCGUCCUUAACGAGAAUCAAGCCCUGAGAUCGAAAUUGAGCCUGUUGGAGGAUCGCUUUGAUGCAAGGAGCACCUUCACCCGGGAUUUCGAUGAGAGCAGCGAAACGGCCACAAUCAGAGAUAGUGAUGCGGCGGGUCCGAUUCGAGACUCAGCCCGCUCUCUCAAUACUUCGGAUAGAGCCUCAUUCGCUUUUGAGAAGAUUCUUCAGCAGUCGUGGGUGUACAAGCGAAACGAGAGGAACGACUGCGACCAAUCAUUCAUUACCGCGACAACCGACGCUCGCUCAAGAACGUGGUCAAUAUUUUCAGGCAUAAGCAUGGCGAAUAUCUCCAUCUUGUCUGUGAUAGCAAUGCCAAUUACCCUGAUUGACAUCAAAUAUGGCCAUUACUACGAAGUAAAGUCCAGGUCAAUGGAUUCAGCCCCGACCGCUGAUGAUGAAGAGGACAUGUUAGAUCAUCCCCAGGUCUUGCCAUAUCAGCCUGAGCACCCAGAAAUACAUGUAAGCAGCCGAUUUAGCGGAUUAACAGUAGACGAAGACCGAAUAGAAGACGAGGAUAGUGAUGGGACACUGAGCGACGAGGCAAAUGACGAAGAAAUCUUUCCAUGCAAAGAUUGUGGCGAGAUAUUGGAGGAAGGAAAGGCCUAUGAGCUCGAUGGAAAUCGAUGGCAUUUGGAUUGUUUCAGGUGUAACACGUGCCAUGCCCUGCUAGAUCCCGGCUCGAACCUCUUACUUCUGGGUGACGGUUCAUUAAUAUGCUACGAAUGUGUAUAUGAAUGCAAUGCCUGCGGGAACAAGAUUGAGGAACUCGCUAUCCUAACGGGGGAUCAAGCUUAUUGCGCGACAUGUUUCCGUUGCAGGAACUGUAAGGUCCAGAUUAAGAAUCUAAGAUACGCCAGAACCUCGCUGGGGAUAUUCUGUAUAGGCUGUCACGAGACAAUAAUCAGCAAAAAGAGAAAGAAGGCUUUAGCUAAAUUAAGGAAGCAAGAGGCUGAGGAAGGGAAAGCCCUGCUUCAACGUGCUGAUCCAACAAAGGGAGAGGAGGAACAACCAGAGCCGCCACUGCCUUCAUAUGACAACUUCAUAUAG